AUGGGAGUGUUAGAUGCUUACAAGCCUGCAAUGGCCAUGGUUGGAUUGCAGUUCAUCUAUGCAGGAGUUUCACUAUCAGCUAGAGCUGCUCUUUUGCAAGGAAUGAGCCCCAGAGUUUUUGUGGUCUAUAGGCAAGCCGUAGCCACUCUGUUCAUUGCUCCUAUCGCAUAUUUUUCAAGGAGAAACACAAACAGGUGUUAUUUGGGAUGGAGGAGCUUUGGUUUGAUAUUUUUUGCAUCCCUUUUUGGCAUAACAGCUAACCAGAACCUCUAUUUUGAGGGUUUAUAUCUAGCCUCAUCAUCAACAGCAAGUGCAAUGAUUAAUCUGAUCCCUGCUGUAACAUUUGUAAUGGCAUCCAUAGUUGGAUUAGAGAAAGUAGAUUUUCGAAGCUUGAGAGGCAUUGUAAAGAUCAUAGGGACAUUCAUGUGUGUUGGUGGAGCCAUCAUCAUGGCACUGCUCCGAGGCCCUAAGCUACUGAACGGAGAACUCCAAUCAACAAAGUUAGCCCUUGGGUCAGGAGCUGAGAAUUGGUUGCUGGGUUGUCUAUUUCUCUUUGGAAGCAGUUCUUGCUGGUCAAUUUGGCUCAUUUUGCAGGUCCCAGUUUGUGCAAGCUAUCCUGAUCACCUCUCUUUAUCUGCUUGGAUGUGUCUCAUGGCAACUUUACAAUCAGCAACAAUUGAAUUGUUCACAGAGAUAGACAGGGAUGCUUGGAUUUUGCAUACAUAUAUUGAACUUGGGUGUUGUUUCUAUUCAGGUGUUUUGGGUUCAGGGCUAACCAUUUUUGCACAAGCCUGGUGCAUCUCAAAAAGGGGUCCUCUCUUCUCUGCAAUGUUCAAUCCUCUAUGCACAGUGAUUGUGACCAUCUUUGCUGCAAUAUUUCUACAUGAAGAAAUCUAUACAGGAAGCUUGGUAGGUGCUUUUGGUGUGAUAAUUGGAUUGUAUGUUGUGCUAUGGAGCAAAGCCAGAGACCUUGAAGAGUUCAAUGGAAACAGAAACCUAAGCUCACAAAAUGAUCAACCAAAUAUUGCUCAGGUCUUGAUAGAUGAGCCUUCAGUCAAGACAGCCUGCAACAAUGGUUUAGAAGAUCCCCUUUUGUGUAAAGGUUGA